CAAAACGUCACAACACAUCGUACUCCUUCGAUUUUUCGCAAUCGUAUUCAACUCCGACAGCGAACGUAAAAGUCCCAACUUUCGGCUCCCUCCUCGGCCAUGGCCACCCAGGUGUACCGGAUCACGCUUCCGCCGGAGCAAAUUCUCGCCCGUAAGCUGUACCUGUGCGGCGUCGGCGACUGCAGCGAGCAGUUCUACAACGGAUCCCAUCUGCAGCUGCACCAGGCGAGGCGCCACGGGUUGAAGGCUCCGUCGUCCGUCGAGGAGCCUCCCCGGAAGGACACCGUCGUCUAUCACUGUCCGGAGUUUUCGUGCUGCUACCACGAAAGGGCUAGUGGGGAGAAGUUCUUCGGGACGUUUCGCAGCUUGAAGCAGCACUUUUUGAAGGUGCAUUCGGAGAAGAACUUUGUAUGCAGCUCAUGUAACGGGCAGAAGGCGUUCGCAACUGAAGCCUUGCUUCGAGCUCACGAAGCCAACUGUGGACAAUCAUUCUGCUGUGAAGUUUGUAACUUAUCGUACGGAACCAGGGAAGCCCUGCUGACCCACGCAAAACGGAAGAACCACGGCUAUGAGGCACUGCUGGCAAAGAAAUCAAACAAGAGAAAAGCCGAAAAGAGUUUGGACAAAAAACGCAAAGCACCAAAGAUGGAAACCCACGUCACGAUCCAAAUUCAAACGAAUCUCCCAACCAACUAUACCAGAACAUCCCAAACCACUCAAACGGAGUACAACGCACCGGAAGUGGCCAACCGGAACGAAACCGCAACCCAAACCAUCAAAACCCUGAACGCUUCAACGGUGGACAACGGUUGCCAAACAAACCUGCAGCAAUUGCUGGACCUCGAACUCGAAGACACCGGAACGACCUUCCCCACGCCGCUGGUGGUUUGUACGGAAACCCAGACCGAUCUCAUCUACGACAGCAUGUUCCCGAACGAGGAUCGGACGGAUCCGAUGCUGUACUCGCACAUGUACACGCAAACGUGCGACGAUAUCAUUUCGGACCUGGGCCUGGCCACGAUCGAAACGCAGACCAACUGGGACGGAGGGCCGCUGGAGUGCAGCUCGACGCACACGCAAACAUGAUAUUGUACCGACGCGGCGGAUUUCCGGAUCGAUUUCUAGCCGCUGCUGAGUGGGAGGGUGAAGUCAAGUCGGGAUGUUGUUCUCAAAAUGAUUAUUGUUACAGCUAGUGUAAAUAAUGUCUUUGAAAUAAGUUUGUAGCUAGAAGCCAAUAUUGAGAGAAGAUUCAGCAUAGAAAAAUAUCAUAAAAGAAUUUGAUUCACAUAGUUUUUACAACGCACUAAUCUUUCAAACUCGAUCAUUGUGUUUAACUGUUUAAUCUCGUCAUAGCAUUAAAUAUUACAAUUUUUUUCACGAGAUAAAUGUAUCUUAGCAUAAAUAAAGCACAUCAAAAUCCAGAA